GAGAGGCAGGUGGCGGGCCGCGCCGGGCGCCCCGGGGGACCUGCAGCGCGACCAGCAGUGGGCGCGUCUGGCACUCAAGCCUGCAGAGCUCCCAGCUUGCACACCCUCUGCGCGGCUUCCCGGCGAAGGGAGCCAGGCCAGGCGGCCUACGAGGCUGAGUUCAGACACCCCGGUUCUCGGCGCGGCCGCCCCGGAGCCUGCCGCAGCCACAGCGCACAGACUGUUUUGCCAACAUGGCAUCUGGAGAUGACAGUCCUAUCUUUGAAGAUGAUGAAAGCCCUCCAUACAGUCUGGAAAAAAUGACAGAUCUCGUAGCUGUUUGGGAUGUUGCUUUAAGUGACGGAGUCCACAAGAUUGAAUUUGAACAUGGGACGACAUCAGGCAAACGAGUAGUAUACGUAGAUGGGAAGGAAGAGAUAAGAAAAGAAUGGAUGUUCAAAUUAGUGGGCAAAGAAACCUUUUGUGUUGGAGCUGCAAAGACAAAAGCAACCAUAAAUAUAGAUGCUGUCACUGGUUUUGCUUAUGAAUAUACUCUGGAAAUUAACGGGAAAAGUCUCAAGAAGUAUAUGGAAAACAGAUCAAAAACCACCAAUACUUGGGUAUUACACUUGGAUGGUGAGGACUAUAGAGUUGUUUUGGAAAAAGACACUAUGGAUGUAUGGUGCAAUGGUAAAAAAAUGGAGACAGCAGGUGAGUUUGUAGAUGAUGGGACUGAAACUCACUUCAGUAUCGGGAACCAUGACUGUUACAUAAAGGCUGUCAGUAGUGGGAAGCGGAAAGAAGGGAUUAUUCAUACACUCAUUGUGGAUAACAGAGAAAUCCCGGAAAUUUCUGAGUGACUUCAUGAGUAAAAUUCAAUUCAUUUGAGUAAAAUUCAUGUUAAUGAAUUUUAAUCUUAAGAAAUAAAGAUCAGGACUUUUUAAUUACAGUGGUAAUUAAAUG